UCUAUGCUCGAGUAAAAAGAAAAGCAACUUCCGGAAAUCACUGAACUACUUCCCGUUUAAUGCUAGUGACGCUAAGAUCAGAUUUGUUUUUUUCCUAAAUGUAGCCAGAUAUGUAAUUUGUAGCUAUGAUUUUGCAGUAGACGGGCGUUAGCCAAUAAUAUCUGGCGGCUGGACAAACAUAGGUGUCAGCCAUGUAUACCUCUGGGAAAUACAACUCUCGGGGUCCUGCUUUGAUCCCACGGAUGAAAAUCAAGCAUCGCAUUUACUACAUCACCCUUUUCUCCGUGGUGCUACUUGGACUGAUCGCCACCGGGAUGUUUCAGUUUUGGCCGCACUCCAUUGAGUCCACAGCGGACUGGACACUUGAUAAGCGCAGCAUCCACGACGCACCUCUUAUCCGGCUUCCUGUAUCCAGUCCCAUACCCGAGAGGGGGGACCUCAGCUGCCGAAUGCACACCUGCUUUGAUGUGUACAGAUGUGGCUACAAUCCGAAGAACAGAAUCAAGGUGUAUAUCUACCCUCUACAGAGGUUUGCAGAUGAGCUCGGGGUACCCAUUAGCAGCACAGGGCUGUCACGUGAAUACAACGACCUGCUCAGUGCAAUCUCAGACAGUGACUUUUACACUGAUGAUGUUACCAGGGCUUGUCUUUUCAUUCCCUCGAUUGAUGUGCUGAAUCAGAACUCCCUGCGGAUCAGGGAAACGGCUCAAGCUCUGGCAAUGUUACCCAGAUGGGACAAAGGGAUGAACCACCUCCUUUUCAACAUGUUACCUGGAGGCCCCCCUGACUACAACACUGCCUUGGAUGUUCCAAGAGACAGAGCCCUUUUAGCUGGAGGCGGUUUCUCUACAUGGACCUACAGGCAGGGUUAUGAUAUCAGCAUCCCAGUUUACAGCCCUCUGUCUGCAGAUGUUGAGCUGCCCGAGAAACAACCUGGGCCGCGACGUUACUUUAUUUUGUCUUCUCAAACGGCAAUUCAUCGAGAAUAUCGCGCCGAACUGGAGCGGCUAAAGGAGGAAAACGGAGAAGCUCUUCUUCUCCUGGAUAAGUGCAGUAAUCUGUCCCAAGGUGCUGCCUCUGCACGAAAGCGAUGCUACAAAGGCCAGGUGUACGACUACCCACAGAUUCUGCAGGAAUCUUCUUUCUGCGUUGUCUUGCGAGGAGCACGUCUGGGUCAGGCGACCCUGAGUGAUGUGCUUCAGGCUGGAUGUGUCCCAGUUAUUUUAGCUGACUCCUAUAUUCUGCCGUUUUCUGAAGUGCUCGACUGGAAAAGAGCUUCUGUGGUCAUUCCAGAGGAGAAGCUGUCAGAGAUGUACACCAUACUGAAGAGCAUUCCACACAGACAAGUUGAAGAAAUGCAGAGACAGGCACGCUGGUUCUGGGAUGCCUACUUUAGCUCCAUGAAGGCUGUUGGUUUGACGACGCUGCAGAUUAUCAAUGAUCGCAUUUAUCCUUACGCAGCACGCACUUACGAGCAGUGGAACAAUCCACCUGUGGUGAAGUGGUCCAGUGUGAACAGCCCACUGUUCUUGCCACUUAUUCCUCCACGAGCUCCGGGCUUCACAGCAGUGGUGCUGACCUACGAUCGGGUGGAGAGUCUCUUCAGGGUCAUCACGGAAAUCUCCAAGGUGCCGAGCUUGGCUAAGCUGUUGGUGGUGUGGAACAACCAGAACAAGAGUCCUCCUGAAGAAUCUCUUUGGCCAAAGGUCAGCGUCCCUCUCAAAGUGGUGCGAACUAAAGAGAACAAGCUGAGUAACCGCUUCUUCCCCUACGAUGAAAUCGAAACCGAAGCUGUGCUCGCCAUCGAUGACGACAUCAUCAUGCUAACGUCUGAUGAACUGCAGUUUGGCUAUGAGGUGUGGCGGGAGUUUCCUGACAGGCUGGUGGGCUACCCAGGCCGCCUGCACCUCUGGGAUCAUGAAAUGGGGAAGUGGAAGUACGAGUCUGAGUGGACAAACGAGGUUUCCAUGGUUUUAACUGGAGCCGCUUUCUACCAUAAGUACUUUAACUAUUUGUACACAUACAAGAUGCCAGGAGACAUCAAGAACUGGGUGGACGCCCACAUGAACUGUGAAGAUAUUGCAAUGAACUUUCUGGUGGCUAACAUAACAGGCAAAGCCCCUAUAAAGGUGACCCCACGGAAAAAGUUCAAGUGUCCCGAAUGCACCGCAAUUGAUGGACUGUCCUUAGAUCAGACUCACAUGGUUGAGAGGUCGGAGUGCAUCAACAAGUUUGCUUCUGUUUUUGGAACCAUGCCUCUGAAGGUGGUGGAGCACCGCGCCGACCCGGUGCUCUAUAAAGACGACUUCCCGGAGAAGCUCAAGAGCUUUCCCAACAUCGGCAGCCUCUGACCUUCCUGCAGUGACGAUGUGGAUCUCCUCGCAACACUUUAAAGACAUUUCACCGACACAGUGCUUCUUCAUGUCAAGAUGCCAGUAUUUAGUCUCAGCUGUAGUGCAGUUUUUACACAUUUCAAACGCAGAACCAUCUUUUUGCGUGUUUUUAAAAUCACAAAGCGCACGAUAAGCAGGUCAUGUUCCAGGACGAAGGUCAUCCGAUGGUUAACCCGUCAUUGUUACUGUUUCACUGCUGAACAAGCACUGCUCCUCUGGAAGUGUACAUACUUAUAUUAUGCAGCAGUGCUGUACGAUAGAGAUAAUUUAUGACCUUUCAGCAAACAUUUCUUUAUAUUUUUUUGUGCUUCUCAAAAAAAACGACAGAAUAAAAUUCUGUUUAUAAGAAAAAAACAUAAUUGCGUUUUUUCCUGCAUCACGUGAUCAGAUCGGAACUGUAGACGAUAUAGUGAGCAACCGCUGACUUUGAGUGACUCUAAGCCACUGUUUUAAUUCUCUAUGAUUUUAUACUUCCUGUUCAAGACUGUUUAUUGUAUUUAUAUGUAAAAGAAGAGCAGAGUUAUUUCAGUUACACGUCUGGGCACUUUUUCUGCAGUUUUUUGUAAGCCUUAUGGUUUUACUACAUUUUAGAGUAAAUGCCUGUAGAAAGUUUGUUUUGUAGAAUUUUUACUUAUUUUUUUUGUUUUGUUUUUGGUGUCGCAUUUCAAGGUUUAGAGUGUAACUUUAAGAUUCAUUAUCACUGCCGCCUUUUUUUAUUUUCCUUUUCUAUUGCAGACGUUUGGAAAUGUGCUGAGUUGUACAAAAAAAAUUAUAGUUCAUAAGUAAAGUUCACGUCUAUAACA